AUGAGUGGAGAUCAUGAUUCCAGCAGUGUUUCAAAUACGGACCGACCGACAAUCCUCUCUCAUUCAUCGUCAACCGGUGACGAUGAUCCGGCGACACCAACUCCUCAAACAUUGGCUGCGGAACAACCUACCGAAGCCAACACCGCAUCUCAUGUCUUUGCUAGAACAACUGCAGCUACAAGGGAAUGGAGCAUGCGUUCUAACGAAUCGUUGUUUAGCCUUCACAUGGGGAACCCGAGUUUCACAACGGAACAAUUGAAUUGGAUGUCGAAAUCAGGCGAGUUUUAUUUUUAUAACGAUUCACCACUUUGCAGUCCGUUGCCACCAGGCACUCCGUGGAACAAUCUGUCAUCAGCUGAAUUUGCCAUUCAACGUGGUGUCAUCGGCUUAAACAGCGAAUCAUUGUUUAGUAUCCACAAGGGGAACAUGAGUUUUAUUGGCAGUCUAUUCCAGGUCACUCCACGUAAUAAUCAGACAGCGACUGAAACUACCGGGCAAAGUAGAGACUCGAACGGGGGCUGCAUCAGAGAUACAGAAGCAGAAGCAACCGACACAACAAGGGAGAAAGCAUCUCAGGUUCGUAAGGUCGAUGUUCAUAAAGAACUCUCUUUCCCAUCCUUUUCGGGUGCGAAACCUUGCGCCAACAUUGAAGAAAUUAAAGAUAUCCGAUCAUUGAUAGGAGAUACAAGUGAAAACGGAUCACCGCCUCAGAGUACAGAGAAACAAAGCCAACAAGAGUGCUCCACCCCUAGAACUCCAGAGACACUUUCAGAAACAGCUAAUGAAGCACAGACAACUCCAGAAACACCGAAGCUAGGAUGCCCUAAAGAAAACACAGAGAGUCCUUCGGGAACCCCAAAGCCUCAGACCCCUAAAACAACCAGAAAUGGUGGACCCAAAAAAUGGUUAGCUUGUUUCUCUUGUUGCACUGCCAGUCCAGCCUCUGCAACCUCUUGA